CUCAAUACACGAAUUUUGAAGACAUAGAUAGCAAUUAUGUCAUUCAAACUUAAUAAGCAAUGGAACUUCAGUCAUCGAUCAGCCAAAGUGAGAGCAAAAUCGACUUAUUCCUCUCAAAAAACUAGCUAAAAACAGUUGUAAUGAGGAAAAAAAGAGAGAGAAAAUAUUCAUUCAUUCAUUUAUUGGACACGGCCAAGAGCAGUCGUUAAAAUAGUAGUGCAAGUUCAGGACUGCAAUAUUUUAUGAAAAGCUUCUUCAAUGCUAUUUCAUAUUUGGUGGUAAACGAAAGCAUUUCUUUUAAAGGAAGUACGAAAAAAAAUCAUUUUGAAAAGUGAAAACGGACGGAGAUAGUCUUUAUAGUUCUUGUGCUGCUUAUAAUUAUUGUGUGCAUAUUUAUUACAGUCAAGAUUAAAAGUGCAAGUCAGUGAUAAAGAAAAAUUAAAUAAUUUUGUCGAUGAUGUAAUGGGUUGUGGAUUUUCAAAUUCAUCAGCAACUGUCAGGGAGGCGAAUAGUCCUGAUUUUCAAUCAAGUGCCGAUACAUUUCAUAGGAAUCGUACAAAAACUAAGGAAACAAUGAUUCAGGCGUUCAGUCGCAUAGACGAUGAAAUUUUAGCGCUCGAAAAUUUAUCGCCAGGAUCAAGACUAACAACAGCCGAGGCAUGGAUAGACCACUUACAGAGCAUAAAGCUCAAAAUUGAUGACACGACAAUGACAAUUCAGUCAGAAAGAUUAAAUACUAUGGAGCCAAUAAGUGAAAUUGAUGAGACGACUCUAGAUGACCUGAGUACGCCAUCAACAGCUGACCGUGAUCAAGGUGAUCUCAUCAAGGUAAAAAAACUUGCUGUUAAAUUACAAGUUGCAUUCGACAUUAAAAAGGCUUCCGAGAAUGAAGAGUUUCUAGCACGAAUAAGUCGCAGUAUGAUGGAAGUUGAACUUCAACGAUUAAAAAUGGACAUGGUUGAUCAUGCUAGAAAGCGUGUAGAUACAUUAUCAGAUUCAUUCAAUAAUCUCCGGCAGUUGUACUUAGAACAAGAUGGUUUAAUAGCUUCUGUAUCUGGUGGAACUUACAAUUCAUCAUUGGAACAAGAACUAGACAGUGAAUUAGAAGCAGUACGUGAAAUACGUGACAGAUUAUCUGGUGUAGCUGAACAAUGGCGUACAGCAAGUAAUUUAAUGGCUGCAGCUGCAAAAGGCAGCCUUCAAGCUUAUGAAUAUUGGUGUCUCAUUGAACAGUCGAAAAUUGCACCAGAACGAAUUCAAUUAGCAUUAGAUACACGAACGGCGUGUUUUAGCUCAUUAGUAGCACUCGAUUGUGCCCAACAGUCUCUUCCACAAGUUGAAAUACCAUUUAUCACAUUACGACAAUGCAGUGCUGUGCGCCAUAGUCUCAUUUAUAUUUUGACGGAUAUGGCAAAUGAAAAUCGAUAUAAGCAUACGAAAAAUGUUUUAGAAGCUUAUCAAACAAAUACAGCGAAGGCCGUUGAGUGGCUCUUUGCAACAUAUAAGAAAACUCUGGAUGAAGACCUUACGACACAAAUUGAUAAUAUUAAAGUGUUGGCAUUUCGGCUACGACGCGAGCGGGUUAGGCACUUUAAAGAAAUUGUGGGAAAUAAAAUGUACACUCGGCCUUUCAUUAAAAUGCCAUCAUAAAUUUUUUUUCGUGGGAAAGUAUCUUGUUGCUGUUAAACUUUUUUUACUAUUCUUAAAAAAAGGGAAAAACGUGCUUUAAUUAUAGAUAAUGCUACAACUAGAUGAUUAAUAUGAGCGCUUUAAC